GACUUGAUUAGUCAGUGUUGGACGAACGGUGUGUACGGUACGCAGCAACAGUAAACGGAAAAAGUGAAUUUAUGUAAAAAAAAGUAUUUUUACAAAAACUGAUAUUCCUCCGCUGUAAGAAUCAACUAAUUCGAUCGAGAAAUGUGCGCGACUACGCACAACAAAUGGCUGCUAGCCGCUUUGGUGGUCCUGGCCAGCCUUAGCGCCACGCUGCAGCAAAACAUCGCGCAGAACUACAGCAGCGGCGUCUUGCGUAUGGCCAAGGCGGCGCAAAUACGCGCCUACAUCGAUGCCGAGCGCGCAUCUUGUGAUGAUUUCUAUGAGUUUGCCUGCGGCAGAUGGCGAAAAUUGCAUGCGAGCAGCGCUUCGAAGCCACGCUCCGCCUACUUGGAUCAGCUGCAGGAUCUGUAUGUGCGCAAGAGCGCCGAUAUGUUGCAGAGCGGACGCGAAACGGACAACACAGCCGAUCGCAAGUUGACGAAAUUUUUCGAAUCCUGUCGCAAUGAGGUCGCUGUGCAGCGGCUGGGCUUAUUACCGAUUAUAGAAUUUGUGGACUUACAUGGCGGUUGGCCGGCGAUUAAGUUGCAGAGCUGGUAUGAAAAUGAGUAUGAUUGGUUGAAAGUGGUUGGCGAGUUGCGACGUCGUUUAGGUGUGGACAUACUGAUUGGCUUGGAAGUGGUGCCGGAUUUCGAGGAGAAUGACAUGAAUCGACUGAAAGUUGGUGCGCCAAAACUGAAGCUGGGCGGUAAGCAACUUUAUUUGGAUAGCAGUUAUGAUGAUGAACGCGAGGACUACCGCGAUGAUAUUGCCGAAAAGUUACACAAAUAUUUUCCUGACAUGGGUGAGCGUUGGGCCAAAGAGGUGGCGCAGCAAGUGCUCGAUAUUGAGCAGCAUUUAGCUAAAGGUCUGCCGGAUAAUGCGAAGCUCACGCUGCCACAGAUGACGCGCCAACGCUUCGUCAGUGAAUUGAAGUCCGCUUACGGCAAUUAUGUUGACCUGAACCGUUACCUAACGCUUGUGGUAAAUCAAACUAUCUACUCUAAAGUCUAUGAGACACCUGAAGAGUACUUCUCGAAUCUAGUUGAGGUCAUAAGGGAUACGCCUAAGCUACAUAUAGCCAACUAUACAAUGUGGCGUGUGCUGGAGCAUCUGGACUUUGCCGGCGAGAUCAACACGCCGAAUAAUGAUAACUGGUGUGUGCGUAAGAUUAUAUCCUUCCUACCUGCGCAACUGCAAAAUAUGUUCAAUCGCAACUACAACAACAUUUUGAUGGUGAAUGAAUUACAGUCGACGUGGGCCGAUAUCAAACGCACAUUCCAUGACGAACUCGACACUGAGCUCGAGUGGCUUUCGGAUAGCACACGUCAGCAUGCCAAACAGAAAUUAGAGAAAAUACGUCUGCGCUUAAUUUCGCAUGAGGACACCGAACUGGUGGAUCAAUUACGUGACCUUGACAUACAACCAGGACAAUAUUUCAGCAAUUUGAUCAACGUUUUGGAGUGGCAGACACAGCACAAACUGCAAGCUUUGUUUUCCAAACCGAAAAGCGCACAACCUGAGGUACGCUUGCCCCGCUACAAUCCACAGAACAAUAAUAUUGAAAUACCCAUUGUCUUUCUGCAAUCGCGUUUCUUCUGGGACGCCGAGUAUCCGCAUGCCUUACGUUACGCCACACUCGGUUACCUGCUGGCACACGAAAUGCUACGUGGCUUUGACGCCGCCGGUCGUCGUUACGAUCAGCAUGGCUAUCAGCGUUCGUGGUGGGAUGCGGCCUCAACGGAGACUUACGAUGAUCGUGCCAAAUGUUUUGCCGAAAAUCACUACAACAAUUUCAAAUAUCGCGGUCAGAAUUUGUUUAGCGCCAAAGCGGAAGAGCUGUCUAUUUUGGAUAGUGGCGCUGUGGCGAUUGCUCAACACGCUUACCAGAAUUGGUGGUCCAAUGUCGAGGACAGGGAAGAUGUGCUGAGUAAGGAGUCGCUGCCAUUGUUGGAAUAUACGCCACAGCAGUUGUUUUUCAUUGGAUUCGCGCAACUGUGGUGCGUCGAUUACCAUGAUUCGGUAGAGAAAUUCGAGUCGACGCCGGAGCCACUGCGUGUGAACGGUGCCUUAGCCAAUCUGGUUGACUUUGCGCGUGAAUUCAAAUGCGAAAUGGGCAAUAAAAUGCAUCCGCAACGAAAGUGUGAACUAUUCUAAGUCACAGUUAAAUAUGAAGGACGGCUAUUUGAUAUACAUACAUAUAAUAACAAAUAUAUUAUGUAUUUUAAUUAAUAAUUUACGAUAAUUCUCGAAAAAAGUUUAAGUAUAAAUAAACAUGUGUUUGUAUCAACUAAUAACCAAUUCGAAAUAUUUAUAAAAAAAUAUAAACAAAAUAUAUUUAGCUGUAUAACGUUCAAUGUCAACGCCUGAGUAGUGAUAACCCCGCGACAUCCACUAAUAUAAUUCAUGGAUUGCUGUGAAUGACUUACACAAAUAUA